AUGAAAACACAAUUGAAUCUGAAUUGGGAUUAUAUGAAAAAAAAUGAUUUUCUUGAAGAAUUUACAAAUUACAAUGAACAGAAAGAAAAUAAUGGAAUACUGUUUUGGGGAUCAUUAUCGACAAGAUUUCCAAUACUUAGUAGAAUGGCAUGCGAUUACUUAGGCAUCAAACCUUCAAGUGUUUCUAGUGAAAGAGCAUUUUCAAGGACUGAUUUUACGAUUACUAAUAAUAGAGUAGCUAUUAGUGAAAAAACUGUUUCCAGUAUGAUACUUAUGCAUUCAUGGCUAAUCGAAAGCCAAAAUAAGUUUAGUCCUCUUGAAGAUCUUCCCUGA